GGAGAAAGAGAAAAAGGAGGAGAAGGGGAAGCAAGGGGGCGGGGGCGGGGCCGCAACCACUUCAAGUUGCAGAGGCCGCCCUAACUUAACGACCGCCCAGCGCUGGAAGCUGGGGCUCGGGACAGGACUCUGUGACAGCUGAGAAAUGGAUACAGAAGACAAAGAGGGAGGCUCCCCCAGAGCCAUGUCCAGGUUCCUGAGGCACUUCACAGUGGUCGGCGAUGACCACCACAAAUGGAAUACCAGAUAUAAGAGGUGGGACAAUGAGGAGGAGGAAAAUGAGCCGCCCCAGAUGACAACAGCCCAGCCUCCAGCACCUGUCACCCCUGGAACCGAGAGCAACACCACCGAUGUUCCAGAGGAGGUCGUCACCCCUCCAAAAGUCCCCCUAGACUUCAGGACUAUGAUGAGAAAACUCUUCAGUUCCCACAAGUUUCAGAUUAUCAUCAUUUGCUUGGUCAUUGUGGACGCCUUGCUGGUGCUCGCUGAACUGAUGAUAGAUUUGAACAUCAUCCAGCAUGAUAAAGAGAACUAUGCUGCCAAGGUGUUCCACUUUUUGAGCAUUGCCAUCUUGACCUUCUUCAUGAUAGAAAUAGCAUUAAAAUUAUACGUCUUCCAAAAGGAGUUCUUCUACCACAAGUUUGAGAUCCUGGACGCUGUUAUUGUGAUUAUCUCGUUUGUCCUGGACAUGGUCCUUCUGUUCCAAGAGCAUGCCUUUGAAGCUCUUGGCUUACUGAUCCUUCUCCGACUUUGGCGGGUGGCCAGGAUUAUCAAUGGCAUAAUUAUUUCAGUCAAGACACGUUCUGACAGACAACUCUCAAGGCUGAAAUUGAUUAAUCACCAACUGGCCACGAAAAUCCAGCAUCUUGAAUUUAGCUGCACUGAGAAGGAACAAGAAAUUGAAAGACUUAACAAACUAUUGAGAGAUCAUGGACUUCUUGAAUAACUCAACCAGGCAAUAUUUGCUUAACCACAUGAAGAAGAAAUGUCUUGUUUGAUGGACUGGCCUUGUGUAUGUCUGUGAAAAACCCUGGUCAUCUCCAGGGUAACUUCUGGAAAUGAUCUGAAGCCUUCAUUUUACUUGUUCUCAGGUUUGAUUAUGACCAGGUGUUGCAUAGUUCCUUCCAAGAGCUCCCUUUUUUCUUUGACUUGAUAGGAGAGUUCCUUUGGUAACAAAUGUUUCAUAAACUACCUUUGCUCCUCUUCCCAACUCUAACCUUGCUGGAAAAUGAAUGCUAUAGCUGGAUGAGUUUAUAUAAAAUUUAAUUUUUCCAAAUA